AUGCCACAAUCAUCUAAAUAUUUCUAUGCUGUUCUGAUUGGUUGUGUGCCAGGUGUCUAUUAUACUUGGAUACAGUGUAAAGAACAAGUGAACGGCUAUCCCUUUGCUUAUUAUAAAAAGUGUUUAACUUCUGAAACAGCAAUUCAAAUUUUUACUAAUCAUCAAUUAAAAAAGAAACAAAAGGAAGAAAUCUUAAGAUCUAAUGAUAAAAUUGUUAUUUAUACAGAUGGUUGUUGUAAAACUAAUGACAAGAGGUGUUUUGCCGGAAUUGGGAUUUAUUACAAGGAUGGAAGUAAACAAAUCACCGAGUCAUUACCAGGUUCAUUACAGGAUAACAAUCGUGCGAAAAUUUACGCGGUAGUUCGUGCUCUUGAAACAUGCAAAAAUCGAAAAAAGAUCAACAUAUGGAAAAUGCAUGAUUGGAAAACAUCACGUAAUGUGGUUGUUAAGAACAAGGAUCUUUUUGAGAGAAUUGAUAUUUUAACUUCUAACAGAAUUGGCAAGGUUUACUUUACCUAUAUUCCGGGGCAUAAAGGUGUGAUCGAGAAUAAAAAUGCUGAUAGAUUGGCUAAAAAAGGUGCAACAAUUAGCAUGCAUGAAAAGAAAAAAUUAUUACCGUAUAAUAGUUUUAUGAAAUUCAAUCUCCCAAUAAUUAAAAGGAAUAAUUCAGAAUUAGAUUAUAACGCAGCAGUUAAAUUAGUAGUAUCCAUGUGGAAAGAUACGAUUAACAAUCCAAAAAAUGAUUUUACCAAAUAUUUGUAA